AUUACCCUCAAGCUUACAAAACUGUUGCAAACAAACCUCUAUUGUCGUACAGUUUUAAUCAUCGUCUGAUUGUUUUUUGCAGUUAAUGAUUUCUCAAAUGAAUCAAAUAUCACGCACACUGCAAAACUUUCGCCACCUUUUGAAAACAUGCAUAGCCGAUAGAGACCUCUUCACAGGAAAAUCCCUCCACACCUUAUACAUCAAGUCCCUUGUUUCUCACUCAACCUAUCUUUCCAAUCACUUCAUUGUCUUAUACUCCAAAUGUGGCCGUCUUUCUCUCGCUCGCCGCGCCUUUAACGGCAUCCCAGAACCCAAUGUGUUCACCUUCAACGCCAUUAUUGCUGCAUAUGCGAAAGAAUCGCUGAUCCAUGUUGCACGCCAAUUGUUCGAUCAAAUUCCUCGACCGGACUUGGUGUCUUACAACACUCUCAUUUCCGCUUAUGCCGAUCGCGGGGAUACCCGACAGGCUUUGUGCUUGUUUGGGGGGAUGAGAGAGAUGGGCCUUGACAUGGAUGGCUUCACUUUAUCAGCGGCAAUAGCAGCUCGUAGUGAUGAUGUUGGUUUGAUUAGGCAGCUGCAUUCGGUCGCGGUUUCAGGUGGGUUUGAUUCUUAUACGUCGGUGAACAAUUCGCUUAUAACGUAUUACGGUAAGAACGGACACUUGGGAGAGGCGAAGAAGAUUUUCUAUGGGAUGAGUGAGAUGAAGGAUGAGGUGUCGUGGAAUUCGAUGAUUGUGGCGUAUGGGCAGAAUCGUGAAGGCUCGAAGGCUUUGAGCUUGUUUCGGGAAAUGGUCAGGAUGGGAUUCAACGUUGACAUGUUUACUUUGGCAAGUGUUUUGACUGCAUUUACAUCUAUGGGGGAUUUUUUGGGCGGGCUUCAGUUUCAUGCUAAGUUAAUCAAGGCAGGGUUCAACCGGAAUUCUCACGUGGGAAGUGGCUUGAUUGAUUUUUACUCCAAGUGUCCGGGUGACAUGUUGGUUUGUAGGAAAAUUUUUGAAGAGAUUCUUUCACCGGAUUUGGUUCUGUGGAACACAAUGAUUUCUGGGUAUUCUCAAAAUGAGGAGUUCUCUGAAGCUGCUCUUGAUUGUUUUCAGCAGAUGCAGCGCAUUGGUCAUUGCCCUGAUGAUUGUAGCUUUGUCUGUGUGAUUAGUGCAUGCUCCAACUUGUCAUCUCCUUCCAAGGGAAAACAGAUUCAUUCUUUGGCAAUCAAAUCUGAGAUCCCUUCGAACAGAAUUUCAGUGAGUAAUGCUCUGAUCACAAUGUACUCGAAAUGUGGGAAUCUUCGGGAUGCAAGAAGGUUAUUUGAUCGGAUGCCUGAGCAUAAUACCGUCUCUUUAAAUUCGAUGAUUACAGGCUAUGCACAACAUGGUUUUGGAAUGGAAUCGAUAUCUCUUUUCGAGCAGUUGCUCCAAGCCAAUAUUGUACCCUCGAGUAUAACAUUUAUCUCCAUCAUCUCUGCUUGUGCUCACACAGGGAAAGUUUCGGAGGGUCAGAAGUAUUUCAACAUGAUGAAGGAAAAGUUUGGGAUAGAACCAGAAGCGGAACAUUAUUCAUGCGUGAUAGAUCUUUUGGGUCGAGCAGGCAAACUGGCGGAAGCCAAGAGGCUUAUUGAGUCGAUGCCAAUUAGGCCUGGUUCUGAUGUUUGGGCUGCAUUACUUGGUGCCUGCAGAAAACAUGGAAACGUGGAGCUAGCAGUGAAGGCAGCCAAUCAGUGUCUUCAGCUGGAACCUUCAAACGCAGUUCCGUAUGUCACUCUUGCAACUAUGUAUGCUAGUGAUGCAAGAUGGGAAGAAGUAGCAGCCAUACGAAAGCUUAUGCGGGACAGAGGCGUACGGAAGAAACCAGGUUGUAGUUGGAUUGAGGUGAAAAAGAGAGUAUCUUAUUUCGUUGCUGAAGACAGCUCCCAUCCGAUGAUAAAAGAAAUUCAUUCAUACUUGGAUGACAUGUUAAUGAAGAUUAAACGGGUCGGGUACGUACCGGAUGUAAGAUGGGCUAUGGUAAAGGAAGAUGAAGCAGUAGAUGGGGAGAAAGAAAUUAGACUAGGACAUCAUAGUGAGAAGCUUGCAGUUGCAUUUGGUCUCAUCUCAACUAAAGAAGGAGAGGCUAUUCUUGUGGUGAAGAACUUAAGGAUAUGUGGGGAUUGCCAUAAUGCAAUCAAAUUUAUAUCUGCUGUAACUGGGAGAGAGAUCACUGUGAGAGAUAAUCACAGGUUUCAUUGCUUUAAGGGCGGACAUUGUUCUUGCGGGGAUUAUUGGUGA